GGGCUGCUCGGGCGCGGCGAUGGCGGCGGGCGGGGAGCGCAGCAGCACGCGGGACAGGCUGCUGGCGGCGCUGGAGGAUCUGGAGCUGCUGGCCAGAUAUGACCUUGGGAGCCCAGCCUCCCUCUUUGUUGUUGCCGGCUGAAUGGCUGCGCAGAAUUAGAAAGCGGCCACGAAGAACUAAAGAGGACUUUCUGCGUGAUGUCAUGAUGCACUCCGCAGCCGAAAAACAAGAAUUGAAGGAGUGGUGGGGCAGCGAGAAGAGGGACCGAAAGGAGAAUGCGGCGCGCCAGAACAAAGCCACAAGGCAGCUCUUAAAGGUUAUGGAGCACCAAGCAGACUCGCUCCAGGCGAUAUUAGCUCUUCGAACUGAGCAGCUCUGCGCCCGCCCUCCCCUGCAGCCGCUGUCGCAAAACUCUCCCAUGCACCCCCCAGACACCGCCAACACACUCUUAUCAACCUCCUGGCUUCAGUCUGUACCCACUGCAUUCCACUCCUGCCCCGUCACAGUCCAGCCCUGUGGACUCCCAGUACCCACAGCACUCAACACCCGUCCCUCUGCAGUUUAGCCCUGCUGAAAUACAGUAGCUGCUGCACUGUAUUCCAGAGGACAAGGUUGCAUAUGAUACCUGUACAUACACAAAUCUUUAACUGUCCCGGGACUCCACCUCCUCCCACACACACCCCUGUGCUGAUGUGUUUUUUUUGUUUGUCUCUCUCCUCCUGUUGUUGUUCUUUAAUAAAAGAAUUGUUUUGGUUUGAAAGCAAUGUUUGUUCCAUUAAUUGAAAGCAAACAGAACCCUGCAAAGCAAUAGGUAAUUUUCUUAAACCUUCACGGUGCAUCGUCUGCACCAAUCACCAUCACCGCAUAGCAUUACAAGCACUGCACUCCCGAGCAUAGCAACAAAUAUUAGUGGCUUUCAGCUUCAAACUGCUGCCUCAAGGCAUCCCUGAUCCUUAUGGCCCUGCACUGUGCCCCUUUAAUAGCCCUGGUCUCUGGCUGUUCAAAUUCAGCCUCCAGGCACUGAGCCUCAGCAGUCCAGCAUAUAGCACGCGGCUAUAAGCAUAGGAAUAUUUUCAUCAGCCAGGUCCAGCCUCCCAUAUAGGCAGCACCAGUGGGCCUUUAAAUGCCCAAAAGCACACUCAACAGUCAUUCUGCACUUGCUCAGCCUGUUGUUAAACUGCUCCACUUUCACGAUAAAGAGAUUGCACUUCAGUACUUGUAUGAGGGAACUGAUUGAAAUUUUGGCAAUUUCAAGAAACCAGAAACUUCCACAACCAGGAGAGGAGAGCCAGAUUCUGGAGUUGCUGAUUCAGAGAGAUGGAGAGUUUCAGGAAUUAAUGAAACUGGCACUUGAUCAGGGGAAAAUUCAUCAUGAAAUGCAGCUAUUAGAAAAAGUAGUUGAAAAGAGGGACAGUGAUAUUCAGCAGCUACAAAAACAACUGAAAGAAGCAGAGCAUAUACUGGCAACAGCUGUUUAUCAAGCAAAGGAAAAACUAAAAUCAAUAGAAAAAGCAAGAAAGGGUGCCGUUUCAUCUGAAGAAAUAAUUAAAUAUGCCCACAGGAUUAGUGCCAGCAAUGCUGUUUGUGCUCCUCUGACAUGGGUACCAGGGGACCCACGCAGGCCAUAUCCUACAGAUUUAGAGAUGAGGAGUGGCCUUUUGGGUCAGAUGAACAACCCAUCUACUAAUGGAGUUAAUGGACACUUGCCAGGGGAUGCACUUGCAGCAGGCAGAUUGCCAGAUGUGCUUGCCCCUCAAUAUCCCUGGCAGUCGAGUGAUAUCUCAAUGAACAUGCUACCUCCUAAUCAUAGCAAUGACUUUAUGUUGGAGCCUCCAGGGCACAAUAAAGAAAAUGAAGAUGAUGUAGAAGUUAUGUCAACAGACUCCUCAAGCAGCAGCAGUGACUCAGAUUAAGUAUCGAAAAGGGAUAAUAUCCCAACCAAAUAGACUUUUAUUUCCUCUGGUGAAGGCAUGUUGGACACUGUUCAUCAAAAGCUGCAAUACCAGCCUGAUACGUUGGCUUCACUGUGCAGUGAGAAGACACAGCCUGUUUAGAUCUAGGAUGGUGAUUUUAAAAUGGUGAACUCUUUGUUGCUCUAGAUAUUAUCUACUAGGUGCUCAAUUAAAACAAACAAAAAUUGGUGGUAACUUUUUGCCGGAGAGAGCUUUGCCUGCUUUCCAGUGAUUGUUUUUUGUAAACUGUAUAUUUUUUUACUAUGCAUUAGACAAAAUAAGCUUCUGGAAAAGAAGCUGUAAGGGGAAUCCCCUUGGAUGUUUGUUAAUAACUUCACUCUUUUGAUAAUAGCCUUUCUGUUAAGGCACAAAAAAUGUGUACAGCUGUGUAGAUUUUAAAAAUUGGCUGCUUUAUUAGCUACUGCCAGAACUCCAGUGUUUGAUCAUCUUGUGUGUUUUGAGAACAAAAAUGUGAUGUGACCAUAAGCUGUUAUACAAACAUAUUUUUGUAAUUAUUGUAAUAUAUAGUGAAUUUGUUGUUAUAAAUAAACUCAACUUUGAUGUA